GUUCCAGGUCCAGCAGAAUUGGCAGUGGCUGAACUGGUUGGAGAUCAGUGCAAAGUUGACGAAGAAGCACUCAUGUGCAGUGGAAUGACGGCCAAUACACCAUUUUGCAAGCCGCUGGUUGGUCAAUUCAUGGUUUCGCACCCACCAGCCAUCAAACGCCGGUCAGUCCAACCGCCUGCCAGGGCAGUCCUUGGUCUUGCCAAUCCCCAGCCCACUGAAUGGUGGUCCGGUCACCCAAUUGUUGGGGCACCCAAACAAUUGGGUGACAAUAAUCAUGCUGAUUCUCUCCAGAAUUUGAUGAGCAGAAUGGUAUCCUACCACAGGAUAUUUUUUUUGCAAAAUUUCAGCAAUGUUAGAUUGUUUGGGUCACCCAACAAUUGGGUGACCGGACCGAGGUUUGGUGGGCUGUGGAUUGGCAAGGCCAAGGACUGCCCUGGCUGGCGGUUGGACCGACCAGCGCUUGAUGGCUGGCGGGCCCAGGGUGUUGGUGGAAUGCCUAUCAUGAUCCAAAUAGACGAGAAACUCAUCAUCGUGGGCAUUGAGACCUACGGAGAUUGCCAGGACGGAAUCGUGCACGGAAUAUACCUUCCGGCACACGAAGAAUUUUUGCUGCAGAACAUGUGACGAAAUCGUCUGGAAAGAAAAGGAGCCAAAUAGGAAGAACACAGUUUUUUCCUGCUUUCUGUACUUGUCUGACAUGGAUAGAAACGGCGUUAUUUGCGGACCUCAUCUCCAAGAAAAUUGACGAUUUAAUUUUACAGCUGCUCGCAAGCAGAGUGUGUGCUCUAUGUAAUUUUCGAAGGAAAGAAAAAAGUUUCUGAAUCAUGCUCAAUCCUAGAAAGAAAAAAAAUAAUGAAGGUAAAAUUCUCUUGCAUUGUCUGGCAUUUCCAGAAGCAUUCUUUGUCUGG